ACAGAGCAGGACUUCCUGUAACCGAAGUCAACUUGCAAACAUCUGUUUCAGGGCACUGAAGGAGCCGAGAGAAGAAAUGUUGGAGGAUUUUAAACUUUGAUAUGUUGUCAGACCUUCACAAACUGAAACAACCGGACAAACAGGAAGGCGGAGAGAGAGAAACCCGCUGCUUAAUCCUCAGCUGCAGCAGCAAAUACCAUGGCAGAAAGUACCACGGCAGAAAGUACCACGGCAGAAAGUACCACGGCAGAAGAUACCACGGCAGAGCACUUUGUGGAUAAACAUCGAGCGCAGCUGAUCUGGAGCGUGACCAACAUUAAACCAGUUUUAGAUGGACUCCUCUCAUGUGAUGUCAUCAAUAACAAAAGUUAUGAUGAAAUCAUGUCUAUCUCCGGCUCUAUGCAGAAGAUGAGAGCGCUCUUUAAUCGGCAUUUGGAUUCCAGUGGAGAUCUAGGGAAAAAUAUUUUAUUCACCAUCCUUGAAGCACAUGAGCCAGUUCUAAUGACUGACCUGAAGAGGAAGGAGCUUGAGAACAUCGCAGCAGUAACAACGAUAACUAAGACGCUUUUUGAAAAGCUGAAUAAAUUGAGUUCUGAGGAGCUUGAUGAAUUCAAAUUUCUCAUUGAACUUGAGGAAGGUUUUAAACUCGGCUCAAUGAGUCAAGUGGCAAGCACACAGGACGUAGUGGAGCUGAUGGUCAAGAGGAACCGACAAGACUGUUUGGAGGUGACCAACAAGGUUUUAAAGAAGAUGGACAGGACUGAUCUGGUGCACGGCUCAGCUCCCAUCAGCUCAGCAACCAAAGACAUACAGCGGCCUGCACUGAUCCAGAGAGUGAGUAAUGUCACAUCAGUCUGACUUUACACACUACAGCUUUUAUUAUGAAAGACGAUACAAACUGA